CACACACGUGGACACACGUACGUAGACACACACACACAGACAGAGAUUCCCCGUAAAGCCUUCACAGACUUUUGGGGCAAGUGGUGUUAGCGAGCACCAAUGCUGGGAGUGGGUUGCCAGCACGACGUCCGGCCGCUUUGCCUCCUUAGUGGCGAUGUUUACACACCGCACCGGGUACUCGUUUGAGGCUGAGUCGACCUUGGGGAGUCCCAGGAUCGGUUCGGAUAAUCGUGACUGGUGUUGGCGGCCGUGAGUGGGAUUGGAACUCAGUUCGCCGGGUUCGUAGCGGAGCAGCGCUAACGCGUUUAGAAGACACACACACACGCUCAUACACACACACGCUUAUACACACACACACGUUCAUACACACACUCAUACACACACACACGCUCAUACACACAGACUCAUACACACACACGCUCAUAUACACACACGCUCAUACACACACGCACACACGCUCAUACACACACACACGCUCAUACACACACGCUCAUACACACACACACUCAUACACACACACACACUCAUACACACAUACACGUUCAUACACACACACGCUCAUACACACACACUCAUACACACACACGCUCAUACACACACACUCAUACACACACACGCUCAUAUACACAUACACGCUCAUACACACACGCUCAUACACACACGCACACACACGCUCAUACACACACACAUACGCUCAUACACACACGCUCAUACACACACGCACACAAUGCUGCCAUCAGCUGUUUUGCAUGAACGUUAACUCACAACAACAAAUACACGUUCGAACUAGCACACACACACGGGCACACAAACCCAGACAUAAACACAUUACGACUACUACUACCACCACCACACAUGUGUCCCCGCACACCACACACACAAACACGCGUCCACUCACAGACUUAAACACAAACACGCGCACACACAAACACGCGCACACACGAACACGCGCACACACGAACACGCGCACACACAAACACGCGCUCACACAAACACGCACUCACACAUACACUCACACGCAAGUCCAAACACACGCGCGCACACACACGCACGGCUGCAGCUUGAGAACUCCGAGUGCCGCUUGAAAGCCAGUUGCCUGGAUGCCAGGCUGAAUAAUCAUCGCGCAGACUUGUCGGAUACACAUAAUUGGCACAAUCUUCAGCCGUGCAGCAGCUGUCUGUGGGUGCUCCCGGCGUGUUCCAAGGAGUUCGCGCUACACGGGAUAUGCCUGGUGUUGUCUCUUAACACAUCUUACCUCUCUGAAGACAUCUCGAACUGACAGGAGAGGGAUCGUUUGUGUGCCAUGUCGCUGGCUCUGAGGCCGGCCCCACGCGUCGGUCUGGUCUUCAGGAGCCAGUCGUUCGCAGGCUUCAGCUCGACGCGAGACAAGACACCCUGGCCACGCUCGCCGUACGGCAGUACGCCUGUGCAGGCGCGCCGAUCGCCGACCCGGAGCGUCAAGGGGUCAUCCGCGUCGGGCAAGCCACCCGGAGGGGCCUUGCGAACACCACGGCCACAGCAAGCUGAGCACAUCUACGUGUCACUGAGAAGAGGGCUCGGUCAACUCCUGAAAGCUCAUCACGAUGAACUGGAAAGUCUGGUGGCCCAGCAGAAAGGAACCAAAAGAGACUCCAGAAUGGCGUUUUUCUAUGAACUGGACAAGCAACUCCGAGCGACCCAGCGCUAUCUCAGGCACCUAGAGUUUCACAUAAGCAAGAUAGAGGAACUGUACGAGAGCUACUGCAUCCAGGGCCGGCUCAGGGAUGGCGCGCGUAAGAUGGUGGCGGCGUACCAGGCAUCGCGGAACAGCCGUCUGGCGCGUGCCGCCCUGCUGGCAGUGGCACGAGAGCACCGCGACUACACCGAGAGUCUAUGCAUGUUGGAAAAUGAGCUGGAGAAGCUCCUGGGAGAGUUUCACAUUCAGAUGAAAGGUUUAGCAGGUUUUGCGCGGCUGUGUCCAGGAGAUCAGUAUGAGGUGGUGGUGCGGUACGGGCGGCAGCGCUGGAAGAUGCGCGGGCGCAUUGAUUCGGCAGACGAGCAGCGCUGGGACGGCACGGAGGCCGUGCUGUCGGCCCUCCUCGCUGAACCCCUCUACGUGCGGGUGACGGAGCUGAGAGGCCUGGCAAGCCACACGCUUGUGGGCAGCGUUGCCUGCGAGACGGGCAGCUUGUUUGCUGCAGGCACCCGCAUCGUGGCGCUGGACAUAAACUCACUGGGAACCAUAAAACUCCAUCUGGAGGUGACCUGGAAUCCAUUCGACAAGGACGAGGCGGCGAUGACCCCGCUGACGGUGGGGAAGCUGUCCGCCAACGCGCGCCGGCGAGCGCUGUGCUAUGGACAGAGCCCCCCUGCCACUCCCUCGCUCCACCAGGCGGUUUUGUGCAGAACGGAGCUUCAGCCCACUUUGUCCUCCGCCUCUUGCAUUUACCACCGGGUAAAUGGGCAAGCUCGCCGGCCUCGGAUACCAAACUACCAACCUCCAAUGCCGGACGACUCCUCCCAGCCUUCCACUGAUCACGUGGGAGAACCAGACGAGGACUUGAGAUCAUUGCCACAUACCGCUUCGAACAAGGUAUCGUCUACUGAGGCCCUUUCCGGGGAUUCGUCUUCGUCAUCGGAGGAAGAGAAAGACAUCGUGGUGGCCCUUCGCAGCCACAAUCGGCCACCUGUCCACCAUGGCAUUUGGCCCAACAGCCGGGCACUGAGCCUCAUCAGCGAGUGCAGCGUGGACUCAUUCACAGACACUGGAGCCACCGACGAGCUGCUAGUGAAGCUGUGCAGCAUUGCAGACACGGUCACGCUGGAGAUGACGGAGCAAACGGUGCGUCCUCCGGGCAACGCUCUCGCGGAGGCCCGGCGUUCACAGUAUGAAGAGAUUUCAACAAACUUUAUCGCACCAGAGCUUGAAGGCAACUCAGUGCAACCUAUUUUGUGGAGCGGCGACAUCGACGCCAUUGCUGAAUGUGCUGGCAAAGCUGGAGUAGCAAGGUCAGCAGGCGAUAACGUGGAAUCAGAAAGAACACACAUCGAAGAAGACCCACUUAUAGAGAAUAUGGGCCCUGUCAAUAUGUCAGAGACAAGUCAGAGCAAGCGAUGGCACUUACGCACCUCCAGCCUUACACCUGAGAUUCCACAUUCUGACCUAAUGUCAAACGUGUUGCAUAUACAUUCGACAGAGUCAACUCCCACCAACAGUCUGUCGCGGACUUCUGCGGGCAAUUCCAUCCGCCCGAUGAAAUUAAACUCCGCAAUGGGUGACUUGGGCCUUGCCACAAAAGCGGUAACUAAGCCUAGCCACUUGGUUGAAUCUCAGAGAGGAGGACCUCUACUCGGUGUGGGAAAGCACCAUGGCGAGUCCUGCAGUCUUAACGUAGCGUGGAUGAACCUCCGCACUGCCCUCAAUACCUGCAGAGGGAAAUUCAGCGCACUGGACGAAUUGGAGCAAGAGGUGACGCACUUGGGACGCCUCUUGCAGGCUCCGAGCACGCCUGCCGAGCCCGAGAGCAGAGGAGGUUCCAGCUCCAGCCUGACGUUGGAGCAGGUCCUGGAGAGCUUCAGCUUCCUGAAUGCCUGGGAGCAGGACGACAUCUGCAUGGAUACGCAGCCUCAGCCAGGGUGUGGCAAUAAUAAAGUUAAAGAUACAGGAAAUAUCGACUCGGUUCCAUUAACAACUGGAAACAAGAGUCUGGAUUGUUCCCUCGCACAACAUCUUUGUCAUUGCACAAAUCUUCUGCAGCAAGGGGGCUCGCUCGGGCCACUGCACUGUGGCGACGGGCGCACGCUGACUCGGCUCCGGGAGCAGGUUGGCGUGCUGCGCCAGGUGUCUCAGGUGAUGUGCGAGAACCCUGGGGGCAUAGCCCAGUUAUCGCUGAUGUACGGACAGCCGGACGUCACCAUGGAUCCGUGUGGCAUGGACAUUCAGAAGCUCGUGGCAGAGCUGUGUUCAAAGCUGGACUCUAACAUCCAUCAAGUGCUACGGCCGGAUGCCAGAGACUGCACACAAGCGGAGCGGGGUGGGGAGGCGAGGUGGAACCAGAUGGACUUGACGGAACUCCGGACAGUAUUGUAGUGCCACUGAGUGUCAAUGCCCACGCAGCGUUGCCACGGUCCAGUUGCCAUCCUGAACUGUGACAGCAAUCCACACCCCCGUGGACACAACACGCCAGAUGAAACGCCCUGCUGGUUGUCUAAAAUACCGCAAUCUAUUUCCCUAGUGAAGUUAUUGUGAGUGUAUUGCUGUUAUGUCACCCUUUGCAUUGCAUAUCUCAGAAUAAGCGGUAAAUUUGUGUCAAUAAUUUAGCUUGGCUUGGGUAGAUAUUUGCUAAACCUACUCAAACCAAACUUUAACUAAUCCCAUGCUUUCUAAAUAUGCACUGUGUACAAAUAUGUGUACUUCAGUUGAAUAAUGUGCAACAAGUGUUAUCAGUGACAUAUGAUUUAAGUAUAUUAAACGCUUGGAAAAACAUUUAUCAAUAAUUUAUACCAUGUUUCUAAAGUCAUUGGAGAUAAGAGUAGAAUCGCAUGUUAACCAUGACUUUACUACAGCUGCUAUUUAUGGAAUGUCUGUGCUCAUAAAAAAUAUGACAAAACAUUAAAAAAAUAUUUAUUUGCUUAAAAAUGUGCCUUUAAAUUCUGUUACACAAGAUCCAAUGUGUAUACCAUGUCUUAAAAAUAAAACAGCCAUCUAAUAUGUAUUCAAGGAAUGUAAGAUAAUGGUUUUGAUUUCUAUAAUUAUUUCACUUGUGAAAUAUUCCAUUUCCAACAUCUGUCAAAACGUAUAAAAUAUCUGUUGGAUUUGAGAUUGGACCAGUUUAAUUAAAUCUCCAUGAAAACGAAUUAAUCGAGAGUUAGGUUCUCGUUAACACCUGAUUAUGCUGGAUGUUAAUUUGCCCCUAUGACGUGAUUAAAUUGGCUCUCUCGUGUGAUGGUUAUAGUUGAAACUUACACUAUAUCUACACUAACUCAAAAUAAACUAAUUAUAAAUAAUAAUAUUGGUCGGGAAAGCCUCCACAUGAACUCAAAAGCAAUUUUUGUAUUUAAUUAUUGUUUUUGCUUGAUACUUAAUAAUUCGCAGUCUGCUACUCAUAGUAAAGCACCUUUAUAUAUUAUUAUUCUUCAAGCUUACAUGGUUAGAAAUUCGUGGUCAAUUUACCCGCUGUGACUGGAGAAGUCAACUAACACUGGAUAGUGCCAGUUUCUUUUAUGUUCAGUCCCUGUGGAAGCUUCUUCAAAGCAGGUGUGGGUUUACAUCUUCGCCUCUGGGGGUCCUAUUGGCUCCCAGGUCACUCUCUAAAUAGCUGCACUAAAAAUACUGAGCGGGUGGAGCUGCGAAUGUAUUUAUUCUUCGUGAAAAUCAUACUGUACAUAUCUGUUGAGUACUACUUAAAUAAUUGCAUCAAAAGCUACUUAAUCAGUGGAUGACGUAUACGUCCAUUGCUAAAUACGGUACGGCAAAUUACACUUCGUAGGUUUUUGCCGUUUUCCUGUACUGUGCAGUUCUUUUUCGAUGUGUUGUCGGGUUGUACCGCGUUUUGUUCGACAUGUUAGAUGUUUGGCUCGGAGAGCUAGACAGCGAAUUGUGUCGUGAAUACUGGAUAUCCCAUGAUCGAGAUAAAACGUACGACAAAAAUAAACUACCAAGAUUGUACAUAUUGUCCUCCAUUAGACGUCGGUUCGAGGCCUCAUCAGCCCUGACAUGCGGUCUUUUCUGCCAUAUUUCGUCUUGACAAGCACCCCUUUGUCUAUUUUUGGACAAACAGCUAUCACAACAAUUGCUUCCUUGUGACAUGAGCAAGGCUGCGUGGUCUUGGCAGGCCAGAAUUAAUUUGCCUCUGGGUAUUGUAUGCAAACUUGAGUUAAUUGCGUUGCACGUGGAGUGCAUUUAACAAGCUUCAUAUUAAUUAGUGCACAGCUCUCUUGGGGACUUGCACAGCUCAAAAUACUUUUGUUUAGGACAAAUAGUAACAUCUGCAGGAUUGGUUUGGGGAUAAUGUAUCGGACCACGUGAAAGCACGUGAACAUUCUUCAAGUAAAGCAAAGAUCUGUGAUUUUGAAUGACACAUUAUCUUUACGUUAUAUAAUUGUUUAAAUAACAAAAAAAACUGAACAAUGGCUUGAUUGAAGAGGUGGCAGAAGAUGUAAGCUCAAUUUGCUGAUGGAGUUAAAUUAACUCAAUUCAAAUUAAUUCGAGUAAAAAUAUGUUACCGCACAUUAUCAGGGCAAAUAUAUAAUAACCUCACUACAUUUAAUGUUGUAGAAUCAAUGACAAAAACGUGUCAACUUAAUACAAA